AUGUCUCGACAUAGGCUAUACCAGAACUAUGACUAUGAGGACGAGUUGAGCGAUUACGAUGGGCAGGGGAAUCAAGAGGAGGAGGAGGAAGAUCUGAGCCCGGAGGAUAAGAAGCAGAUGGCAGAGGCCACCGCCGAAGUAAUAAACGUCUUGGGCCCGCAGUCCGACAAGGUUACAACGCAACAGGUCCAAGAAGCUCUGUGGCAUUAUUACUACGAUGUCGACAAAUCUGUCGCCUAUCUGGUCAACAAGUUCAUCGACCCACCCAAGAAGACCACCAAGCCAAAGCUCAAGACCACCACUCCCUCAUCCGACGGUGAGCCCCUCUCUCGUCUCAGUCUCCUGACGUGUCCCUUCCCCUCCGUGCCAACAGGUGCCUCCGAAGCAGAACCAGAGAGUACGACUUGCUCAGACUUCUUCGCCGACAUGCCCUGGCUGAGAAUUCCCGAGGACCGCAGGACGGUCUUCAUCAGCCCACCGCGCCCACGCGGCGGGCUCCUGGGCGGUUCGUCUUCCCAGCCAAAGAUGUCCAAGCUCCAGGCCUUGGCAGCUGCCAGAAAGCGCAAGGCGGAAGAGGCGACACUUCCUAUACGGCCUCAAGAAACAUCUCAGAGAGGAAGCUCCCAGAAAGAGGCGCCCCGGAAAGCCACAUUGGCCCCCCAAGCAUCAACUAUCUCAGCACCGAAUUUCCAAGCGCAGGCAGUCUCAACGCAGUCUACUCCACUCACUGGAUCCCACAUCGACGGCACAUCAGACGAUGCCACUACCCACAUGGCCGCCCCUUCAGCCUUCGCGCAAACUCUCUUCAAAUCUGCUUCGGAGGCGCCAGGGCCUACCAUCCGAGACUUGUACUAUCCACCCUGGAUGGCAUACACUUCCCCCGAAGCUCUCAAAAAAGCAUUCGAGAAGCCUUCUCCAGAUGACGUAGUCCUCACUGCACAGUCGCAAGCUGCUGACUCCCCUGCAGCAGGCAAGAAGGCGGCGAAACAAAUAAACAAGGCUGCCGAAGCAGCCCAAGACCUCAACAAACUCAAAGUCUCCGAAGCAGCCCCACUUCCUAAGAGCAAAAAUCUGAACGUCCUGAAGGAGUAUGCGAGCAGCAGGCAAAAGAAGGAGUUGAGCUUCGUAGUCGUCGGACACGUGGACUCGGGGAAGUCCACCAUGCUGGGCCGUUUGUUGUUGGACAUGAACGUUGUGGACCAGCGGACUAUCGACAAGUACAAGAAGGAGGCUGAAAAGACUGGCAAAUCCUCGUUUGCCCUCGCAUGGGUGCUUGACUCGAGGACAGAGGAGAGGGCCAGGGGCGUGACGAUGGACAUUGCCACCAAUCACUUCGAGACGGACGCAACCUUACUGACGCUUAUCGACGCCCCUGGACACCGAGACUUCAUUCCCAACAUGUUGGCCGGUACGAGUCUGGCAGACUUUGCGGUUUUGGUCGUUGAUGCCGCCAAGGGCGCAUUCGAAGCCGGUCUCAAGGGCCAGACUCGGGAGCACGCCCUACUUCUACGGAGUAUGGGCAUCUUCCGGAUCAUCGUGGCCGUUAACAAGCUUGACACGGCGGAAUGGGACUCGGAGCGCUUCGAAGAGAUCCGAGAUCAGAUUCUAGGGUCACUGAAAGCACUCAAGUUCCCAAUCAAGGACAUCAGCUUUGUCCCUGUGUCCGGCCUCAAGGGAGACAACAUUGUGCGACGCUCUACAGACCCGGCCGCAACUUGGUAUUCCGGGCCCACUCUCCUUGAGGAACUCGAAAGAUCAGAACCCAUGACGGGCCCUGAGGAUCUUACCAGAUCCUUGAGAAUGAUGAUUACGGAUAUCUGGGAAUCCCCGCAGAGCCCUGUUACGGUAUCUGGACGGAUAGAAGCAGGCUUCGUACAGGUUGGCGAUGCUGUGCUGGUGCAGCCGAGUGGGGAGAAAGCCUACAUCAAGACUAUCGAGCGAAGUGGAGGGGAGGAGCCCGUCGAUUGGGCUGUUGCGGGGCAGCAGGUCAUCCUGUACCUGUCUCAUAUCGAAGAGAUCAACGUACACCUCGGCGACGUCCUAUGCUCAAUGUCCGACCCAAUUCCCUGCGUCAAUGUGUUUACGAUGAGAGCGUUGGCCUUCGACACCUUCUUCCCUAUGCCUGUGGAUCUUCACAGGGGUAGAUUGGCCGCACCGGCCUUUGUUCGAGAACUGACAGCAACUCUCGACAUACAAAAGGGCUCAAUCAUCAAGAGGAAGCCACAGAUAGUAAAGGCGGGAGCUGUGGGGAGGAUCAAGGUAAGGGUCGAAGAAGGGGCCAAGCUACCACUGGAGAAAGGGCAGAGGGUGAUAUUACGUAGUGAGGGUAAUACUGUCGCGGCAGGAUUGAUAGAGUAA